AUGACUGACACAUUUCUACGCCCGACCUCCUUCUCUCCCGUGCACGAGUACUGUUCUAUCGCCUCCCUCCUUCUCGCGCCCGAUAUCGAACCGCGAAAUCCCGCUGGCCUGCGAGGACCCGUCGUCAGCACGUUCAAUAGUGCCGAGUUGCUGCCGCCGCCACCCCUGCCGCUCCAGAGAAGACGCUCAAUCCGAGACAUGACCCCUCCGAACCCCGCCGGGCCCGUCCAUGAGCAAGGACACUCGCCCACGCCCGUCAAGAUGCAGCGGCAAGACUCCGGGUACGAAUCCCGAAAUGCGAGCCCGAGGACGUCGACCUCGCAGGCGCCCCUUUCUCCGCCGAGGCGCAGCUCCGACCCCAUCUCUCCUUCCCAUGCCGCCGCAUCUCCGUUGCGUCCUCGCCCGCGCUGCCCGUCCAGCCGCCGAUCGGCCCAGUCGUAUCCUCAACUGCGCAAUCAGCUCCGCCGCAGUGCCGGCUCGUAUCAAGCCGGCCCCCAUCAGCUCCCCACGUCCCCGAGCCUCAUCGAGCUCAUCUCGGAUGUACCCAAGCACGACGACGAUGUGGAGGUGAUACCCUUGCCGCCGCCGACGACGCACUACUGGACGAGCGACAACACCCGCCGCCUCGAGUAUGCCGCCAUCGAUGCCGCGAGCCGAGGCGUCAAGGGCUGGGUCCGGAGGCACCUCGUGCCCGACUGCUUCAUCCCGCGGCACGUAGCCUUUGACGACGACAAAGGAAGCGUGCGUCGCUACAGGCUCGAGUUGGAAGACGAGCAGGUGAAGAAGCCGCCGUCGGCCUGCCAGGGCCUCGACCCGCGCCGCAAAGGCUGGCAGAUCUGGCCCCUCCGCAAGAGUCGUACUGCCUGA